CGCGGGCACUGGGUCAGACAUUGGAUCGUCUGGCUGGACAGCGGGCACUGGGUCACCAGGCAUCAGGUCAUUUGGCUUGACAGCGGGCACCGCGUCAUCUGGCAAGGCAGUGGGCUCCGAGUCAACAGGCACGACAGUGAGCACCGGGUCAUCAGGUACCGGAUUGUCUGGCUCGACAGCGGGCACCGCGUCAUCUGGCAAGGCAGUGGGCUCCGAGUCAACUGGUAUGACCGCGGGCACUGGGUCAGACAUUGGAUCGUCUGGCUGGACAGCGGGCACUGGGUCACCAGGCAUCAGGUCAUUUGGCUUGACAGCGGGCACCGCGUCAUCUGGCAAGGCAGUGGGCUCCGAGUCAACAGGCACGACAGUGAGCACCGGGUCAUCAGGUACCGGAUUGUCUGGCUCGACAGCGGGCAUCGGGUCACCAGGCAUCAGGUCAUUUGGCUCUCGACAGCGGGCACCGGAUCAGGUACCGGAUCAUCUGGAUCAACAGCGGGCAUCGAGUCAACUGGCCUAAUAGGAUCGUCAGGCUGGAUCAGUUCAUCAUGCUGGGUAGAGGCAUCAGGCCGAGUAGAGGCUUCAGGCCGAGUAGAGGCUUCAGGCCGAGUAGAGGCUUCA